AUCAGGAAAUGGAAACACAAAAUUGAAACAAUUGUUAUCACACAUGGCAUGGCCAUCAAGAUCACAGAUGGUGCGUUGCCUUGGGUGCUCCCAGCUUUGGAUCCCCGUACGCCAAUAUUUGCAUCAUCCUUCACCAUGGAGACUCGAUAUGUUCAGAACAAAGAGGAAAUUUAUGGCCGGGCCAUUUCAAAUUAAACUAGCCUGAGUGACGCAAUCCAUUCCAGACAGUUUUGGAUUAGUUAUUAGCUGUGCUGAUGGUACGAUUCUUCGUACUGGGGACUGACUGGAAGAUUGAUGAGUCACCACUUGAUGAUCAAGGUUUUGAUAGUGAAGGUUUGGAUGAACUUUCAAAAGGAGUAACACUGGAAGGACAACAAGUGUAUCCACUAUCCUCAGUGGCAGAUGCACUGUUGAGGCAUAUUUCAGCAACUCAAGUGAGGUUUAUUACUACCCAGUUUGCUUCAAACAUACAUCAACUUGGAAGUGUGAAAGCUGCUGCUGAUGCUAUUGGUAGAAAGUUGGUAGUUGUCGGUAUGUCCUUGAGGACAUAUCUUGAUGCAGCUUGGAGGGAUGGGAAGGCACCAAUUGACCCAUAUCAACCCCGGUGA